UAUAUGUCUUUCAAGAUGGAAAAUUUCGAGGGUUCAUUUCCAUCAUCCAUGCCCUUGUCGUUAAACCUCACGGAUUCCCUUGGUUAUGGUGACAGAGGUAAUGGGAUAUCGGGAUUAAUGGCGGCGGCCGGAGUUCCUGGUCAUGAAAACAAGGGAUUAGGCACUGAGAGUGGAGUGAAAAUAGGUAAGACGAUGAAGACGAGAUAUGUUUUCCAAACCAGAAGCCAAGUUGAUAUACUUGACGAUGGCUAUAGAUGGAGAAAAUAUGGUCAGAAGGUUGUCAAGAACAACAAAUUUCCAAGAAGUUAUUAUCGAUGUACACACCAAGGAUGCAACGUGAAAAAACAAGUUCAAAGAUUAACUAAAGACGAAGGAAUCGUUGAGACAACCUACGAAGGCAUGCAUUCGCAUCCUAUCCAGAAACCCAAUGACAACUUUGAGCAUAUCUUGAGCCAAAUGCAAAUUUACACUUCAUCCAUUUAAUUAACACCACCGUGUUUUAUUUUAUUUU